AUGGCGAAGGAGAGUCUUGUCGCCAUCAAGAAAGAACCCUACGACAGCUCCAAUACUAUUUCCCAGGUGAUUCCCGAGACCAUGAAGGCAGCACAGGUGGAGACCCGCUUCGUAGCAAUCAGUGACCUUCACUAUGUAGACGACACCGUCAUCUUGGAGCGAGCAGUCGAGGCAGGCGUGCAGCUGGCCCGCGAACUUGCUCCUUUGGUCUUCGAGCUCGCCUCGAUGAAGAAACUGUCGACUGCUCGGAAGGACGAUGGACUUCGAUGGAAGAAGAGCAUCGAGGAGAUUAUCGCUUUGGCCGAACCAACUCGGACCACGAUCGGAGUCGUCGGUGCCACGGGGUCUGGCAAGAGCUCGUUAGUGAACGCCCUCCUCGUCGAAGAGAAACUGUUGCCGACUAGCUGCGCCAGAGCUUGUACCGCAUGGGUCACUGAAGUCUCUUACAAUUACAGUGACGACGAAAGCAAGGCCUACAGGGCGGAAAUCGAGUUCGUGACAGGAGAAGAGUGGCAGCGCGAGAUGGGCCCUUGGCUCCAGUCUAUGAAGGAUGAAAUUGCCUCCGGGUCGUCUGACUACUCGAGCCCCGGCACCGAGGCAGGGAUGAUGCUCUCGAAACUCGCGGCCGUCUAUCCCGGCCUCACGACGGAGACGAUCGCAGCAUAUGACUGUAACGUCUUGAUGGAGAACACCGAGAUCCAGAAGAUCCUCGGCAGAACUAUCAGCCUCGCCGACGUCUCUGCCAAGGGGCUAUCCGAUCAGAUGCAACCUUACAUCGGCAGGAAGGCAGACACGACAGAGGGGGGUGGUAUGAACCCUUGGCCCCUGAUCAAGGUGGUACGAGUCUUCGUGAAAGCCGCGGCUCUCUCAACCGGAGCUGUUAUUGUCGAUCUGCCCGGAGUCCAUGAUUCGAACGCCGCGCGAGCGGCAAUCUCAACCAACUACAUGAAGGACUGCUCCGGCAUCUGGAUUGUCGCUCCGAUAGUGAGAGCCGUGGACGACGAAUCCGCCAAAAACCUGCUGGGGGAGUCGUUCCGGCAACAAUUGGUACUGGACAACAAAUACUCAGCCAUCAGCAUCAUCUGCUCCAAGACUGACGACAUCAACGUGGACGAGGUAGCUCGCGAACUCGCCUUGACUGCUGACCUGGAACAGAACCUUUCCAAAAUAUCCUCUCUUACCGACGAGAUCCCGGUGCUAGAAGAGGAACUGAAAGCACUCAAAGAACAGAAACGCAAAGACGCAGAGAUACUAGACGAGUGCCGCGACCGGCUGGAUGACUGGGAGAACGCUCUACGCCAGAUCCAAGAAGGCCAGCCCCUUGGCGUGGCGGUGGAAAAUCUGGCCAAGAGAAAGCGUUCCUACGACAAUUACAGCAUUGUGGGCUCUUCUGUCGACACAGGCGUCGGUAACAACCCCUUGAGCAAGGGCCAAAUUGAGGAGCACAUACAUAACCUGAGGCGUCAGGCCCAAGACCUCCGUGACCGAUGCCGAAAGACCACAGCGUUGGCGAAGGAUCAUGAAGAGAAGCUGGAGUCGAAAGUGCAGGAGAAGAAGUCGCUCCAGGACUCCAUCAAGGGAUCCUGCAUAAGGAAGCGGAACUCGACAACUACGCAAAGCAUCAAACAGGACUUUGUGGAUGGCUACAAGGAACUCAAAGAGGAGAGCGCCUCGGACGACAAUGAUGUCUUCUUGAAGGACGAAGCGCCUCCCCCAGACUACGAGAAGAUCAAGGCCAACCUGCCCGUGUUCUGCAUCAGCAGCCGGACCUACCAGAAGCUCAACGGCAUGAUGCAGAACGAAGACAUCAGCACCAGCGGCUACAAAGACGUCGACGACACGGGUAUACCGGGCCUCCAGGCCCACGCACAGAAGCUCACAGAGGCUGGCAGGCACGCACGAUGUCGACGGGUCAUCACCAAACUGCACACCCUGCUCACAUCCAUCGCGUGCUGGGUGGCGGGCACCGACCUCGAGCGGGCCGGCUUCGACGCCAAAAAGGUCGAGGACCAUCUUAGGGCGGAGGCCAGAAAGCUCCGAACGAACUGGACAAUCACGCGAGAGACUUUCUGCCAGGGCCUCCACGACAUUCUUCAGAAUUCCGUCUAUGGUGCUGCCAACGCCCUGGUUGCCAAGGCGGAAGACAAGGCGCUACCCCUCGCCGCCGCUUGGUUCGAACCCCCAAAGGCCGGAGGCUUUGCCCUCCAGACGCUCAAAUCGAUCUGCAGGAAGAGCGGAAUCCACAGUGCCCGCGGCCGUCCUACCAUCGCCCUACACCAUCAGCUCGCCCAGCCGAUCCAGUCCGCCAUGAGACGGGACUGGGAGGCCGCCUUCGAGCGCGCCAUACCGUGCAUCCUCCAGAGCUUCGUCGGCGGGCUGGUGAACCACCAAGAUGAUUUCCACCGCGCCGUCGAGAAGCGGUAUAAACCCAACGGCAACAUGGACAUGUCCCUGGAUCUCCUCAACAACAUUAACGCGGCGUCCAAGGGGAAGCCUGUGGCUCUCAUGUGGCGCGUCAACGACGUCAUCAACGCCAUAAAAAACGAGGCCUCCCGCGCCAUGCUUCAGCCGAUCGAAGAUGCCAUGAGCCCGAUUUACAAGAAAUGCUUACAAGUGCAAGGUAGCGGCAGUAAAGCGGCCAUGGAGAUGCUGGUCAAGAACCACAUCGGAAACAUCAAGAGGACCGUCUUUCGCACGUCUGUCGGGGCGAUGCAUGGCCAUCUCCGGGACAUGGAAAGACUCGUCGCGGGCCGGCUGGAGGUUCGCGUGGACGAGAUGAGCGACAGCAUCUUGCGGGAUUACUCGAACGCUCUGCUUUCUGGCAACCAGAAAGCCGAGUUGUCCCCCAAAGAGAUGGAGCUCAAAGAAGCGCUGACUAUCGUCCUGAACAGCGCCGAAGCUCGAUUCCGGAGGGACGAGUAAGCGGACGGCCCUGGUGAUGGGCAGUUGGAUGGUUACUCUUGGGGGAUUGGUUGCGUAAGCACAGCGUUGCUCGUUGCUUUGCUUUCCUCUGCUUUCUUUACAUUGCGUUUGGUUCGUUCUCAUUGGGUGGCAUAUAGUCCCGGGGUGCAAAGCAGCCGCGGGAAUCAAAGACAGACAGACAGACGGUAGAUCAUAGAUGGAUAGACAGCAGUUCGGCUCUGCUCUAGCAUUGCUUUUUGACAUACGAAUCAAGACUGGAUUCAGCUCUUGAUCGACUCGUUUUUUUACGCUAGUUAUGUAACGGUCAGACUGGUGGAAAGAGAAAAAAGUUGAAAAAGUAGAAGAACCCGAAGAAUGGCUUUGCCAAUCGCGGUGAGGAUUUGAG